UUAAAAUUAUUUAAAUGUGAAUGUGUUUAGCGUGUGCAUAUACUUUAAAAUUAGUUUCCCUUCUUUACAUUGUAAUUGAUUACUUUUUUUACCAUAUACAGAAAACGACCUUGCCAUAAUGAAACAUACAGUAUUGAAGCUUCAUAACUUGUUUUAAAGCUAGUGAUCAAUUAUUAAUUCGUAUGUUUACAAGUAAUCGUUUGUUUAUAGUGCGCAGAAAAAUACUAAAUGAAAAGUGCGGCUAAUCACAGAAAAGCAAUUCAUAUUUUAAGUUUUACUUUAGACUAUUGGUUUACUAUAAAUUUAUAUGGAAAACAACAGGAAUAUUUAUGCUGAAAUGAAACCUUUGAAAUAUAGUUUGCUCAUUUCCCUAGUUAUGAGCUUUAUCAUAGUAUGGAAACUAGGCUCUAUAGAACAAGACAUAAAUAGAUUACAGUUGCUAAAAGAAGCAUUAGAAAUACAUAAAGAUGAACUACAACUUUCCCAACAGCAGUUGUUGGCAUUGGAAAAUCUUGAGAAAAAAGCUAAGAAAAUAAGUCUUCCAACUAUUUAUGCAAUAACUCCAACUUAUUGGAGGCAUGUACAAAAAGCGGAAUUGACUAGAUUAAGCCAAACAUUAAGACUGGUACCAAAUCUUCAUUGGAUUGUGAUUGAAGAUUCUGAGACCAAAACAGAUUUGGUGAGACAUUUACUGGCCGAAUCUAACUUACAUUACACACAUUUAAAUGCUAAAACUCCGCCAUUUGAACAGCUGAAGAAAAAUGAAAAGCGGUGGAAGAAACAUCGAGGUAUAGAACAAAGAAAUGCUGGAUUAGAAUGGCUGAGAAAUACAUUGACAACUAAUGAUAAGGGUAUUGUAUAUUUCAUGGACGAUGACAACACUUACAACGUAAAAGUAUUUGAAGAAAUGUCAAAAAUAAAUAAAGUUGGAGUGUGGCCAGUCGGAUUAGUUGGAGGAUUAAACGCGGAAGCCCCAGUCGUUGAAAACGGCAAAGUAGUCGCUUACAAAAGUGGUUGGAAGGUUGACAGACCGUUUGCCAUCGAUAUGGCCGGUUUUGCAAUAAAUUUAAAUUUAAUUUUAACAAAAACUGAAGCCAAAUUUCGUUAUGACGUUGAAAAGGGAUUGCAGGAGAGCGUGUUCCUCAGUUAUUUCACCACCAAAGAUGAAUUAGAACCAUUGGCUGAUAACUGUACCAAAGUUUACGUUUGGCACACCCGAACUGAAACGCCCACAGUAAAUGGAAAAAUUCAAGGAUUGGAAGUUUAGAAAACGUAUAUAGAGUAUUUGAAUUGAAAAUUGAUGUUUUAUAUCAAAAUCUGUAUUUAUUAUUAUUAAAACCAGAAAGGUGGUGACUGUUGUUAAAUUAAGUAAAACUUAAUGAUAUUAGGAAUUGACUUAGUUUUCAUUUUCUAGAAACGUUUAGUCUGCAAAAUAUAAAAUAGUAAAAUGAUCAUUUUGUAUGCUUCACAAGAAUUUUAUAGUAACAGUUUGUAUCACUUUCACCAAAUGUUAUUUAUUAUUUUUUAUUUAUAUGUCAAAUUUCACAUUAAAUUUAAUUGAAAUUGUUCCUCAAUUAUGUAUCAAGGUAAACCAUAAAAUAUUAACUUGAGUAUAAUAUAUGAUCUGUGAUUUUAAUUUAUUAUUUUUCAUACUACAGUAAUUUUUUUAUAGUUUACACAAUUUAUAAUUUAAUAUAAAAGAUACAUUAAUUUAUGUUAGUUUUACAUUCAUAAAUUUGAGAACUUUGUUUAAAUUAUUUAUCAUAAGAACAUAUCAGUUGUGUGAAAGUUGUACUUAAAGUGCACAAAAAUUAUAAUUAAUUGAAAGAGCAAUUAUUCAAAGUUCAUCUUGUUUUCCACUUUUAUUUGAGGAAGUUAACUCAUAACUGCCCUUUAAAAUUGUUUAUUCUUUAAUUAUACCCUGUGUGAUUAAGGUGAACUUUGAAAACACAAUCAAUAUCCCUAUUGUAAUUUAGUUUGCAAAUUGUGAUACUACAUGCAGUUUUAUUAAAUACUAUUUCUUGGCUACCAAAAAAUGUCUAUAAUGUUAAGCAUUUUAGGUUGCCAUAACUAAAUUUCUGGAAAUGCCUUAAAUUACUUAGCAAUUUUAUGAAUAUAUUCUAUUUUACAAUUAAUAUUGGUGCUAAAUUAUCUAAUGCAUGUAUACAUAAACUUUUACAUUUGUAGUAUUUGUACAAAGUGUGACGCUAUCAAUUAAAUAAAAUAUUAUAAACAA